UGAGUGGCAGAGUCAGCGGUAGAACUCAGUAACUGCUCCUUUUUUAUAAAAGAAGAAGAAGAAAAUACAACAAAAAGAUGCAGCAAUGUAAAUGAGAAUUUAUUAACAACAAAGCCAAGGUUCUCUACCUCCAGAAAUAAAGGGAAAAUAAUUUAUCCUCCCACACGUCCUUUUUCUGACGAAGGUAGGUGAAUACUGCCGCACUAAUAGAGUGUGACGCUCGAAUCUCGAGCUGCACUUACUGAUGCAGAACUGAGAGGCGACCAACCUCUUUGCAAAAAUAAUAGUCCUCGCAGUCUCCGCAACGGCUGCAGGGUUCCACUGCUAUUCAUUCCCUGUGCUUGUCAUUUGCAUUUGAAGGUCUUUCCAAGCCAGCAGCGAUGGAGUCAAUGGAUGAAACUGAAGGACCGCAAGGACAGCAGAGUGGAAAGGAACAAUCCCGAAAAGCCUCACAGAGAACCCCGCAGCCUGGGUGGGCUGCCUGGUGGGCUGCACUCAAAUCUGGAGGGAACGUGUGCUUGUUCGCCCUCUCACAGAUAUUGCUUCUCUGCAUGAUGUUAUGGUACAACGGUUACAGGACAUUCCCAACAGCUCAGAACGCCUUUGACCUAAUGUCGAACUUGCUUAUGCCAUUUGGACAAUUCAUGUCAAAUCCAGGGGGGGAUCUGACAAGAGAUGGGAGUUCUGUGAUGUCAUAUUUCCUGCUAUCUUUAAUUUCUUUAGGACUGUUACUCGUAGGAGCUCUGAUCUGGCAUCUCCUGAAAGCCCAACGGGACCCUGCCUUUCCACUACCAGAGGACAGGCGCCAGUCUGUGAGCCGCCAGCCUUCCUUCACAUACUCAGAGUGGACAGAGGAUAAAAAUGAAGAUGACUUUCUAGAUCUGGAUCCAGUACCUGAAACACCGGUCUUUGACUGCGUAAUGGACAUCAAAGCAGAGACAGAUCCAACAACUCUAACAGUUAAAUCUGUGGGGUUGCAAGAAAGGAGGGGGUCGAAUGUCUCACUCACACUGGACAUGUGCACUCCAGGCUGUUCUGAGCAAGGCUUUGGCUACAUCAUGUCUCCAAGAGAACAGUCAGCCCGAGAAUAUCUCCAAACAGCAACAAACAUCCUUACUGAAGAGGAGCUGCACAAGAAAGCACUAGAUCCUUUCAUACUCCAGGCAGAAUUUUUUGAAAUCCCAAUGAACUUUAUUGAUCCAAAGGAAUAUGAUAUUCCAGGUUUAGUGAGGAAGAAUCGCUACAAAACAAUUCUUCCAAAUCCUCACAGCAGAGUGUGCCUUACCUCAACUGAUCAAGAUGAUCCUCUUAGCUCUUACAUCAAUGCUAACUACAUCAGGGGCUACGGAGGAGAGGAAAAAAUAUAUAUUGCCACUCAGGGACCCAUAGUUAAUACUGUCAGUGAUUUCUGGAGAAUGGUGUGGCAAGAGUGUUCUCCUAUCAUUGUCAUGAUUACCAAUAUAGAAGAGAUGAACGAGAAGUGUACUGAAUACUGGCCAGAAGAUCAGGUCACCUAUGAAGGAAUAGAAAUCACAGUUAACCAUGUCAUACAAGCAGAUGAUUACCGAUUAAGACUCAUUACCCUAAAGAAGGAUGAAGAAGUAAGAACCCUGAAACACUACUGGUACACAUCCUGGCCAGACCAAAAGACACCAGAUCAAGCUCCAGCCCUGUUACAGCUGGUGCAGGAAGUGGAAGAGGCCAUGCAGCAUGCAGAACAAAAGAAUGCUCCAGUCAUUGUCCACUGCAGUGCAGGGAUUGGAAGGACAGGCUGCUUCAUUGCCACCAGCAUUUGUUGUAAAGAGUUGAAGAAUGAGGGCAUAGUUGACAUACUGCGAACAACCUGCCAGUUACGACUAGACAGGGGAGGAAUGAUCCAGACUUGUGAACAGUAUCAGUUUGUCCACCAUGUCAUGAGCUUGUAUGGGAAGCAGCUCGCUAGAGCAGCAGAAGAAUAAGCAUUCAUGGUAGUCCUAAUGGCUAAACCCAAGUGAACUUCUGACUGGAAUGAGAUAUAUUCCAGAUCUGAUAAGAGACAUAUGGUUACUCAGCCAUCUUAGUUGAAGAUACACAUGCGCGCACGCGCGCGCACACACACACACACAUAUACAUACAUACAU